UUUUCCUCCCUUCUUUUCAGUUUCCUCAUUUCCUUCAUGGUAGAUGCACGUGGUGGUGCAAUGAGGGGUUGUCGACAUUCGGGUGUUCGUGUAAUAAUUCCUCCUCGUAAAGCAGAAGCUCCAACCCGAAUAACUUGUCGUUACUUAAAAAAAGAAAAAUUGCCAGUUCCGCUUCGUUUAAGUGAAGGAGAAGCCUUAGCCUCUCGUAUACUUGAAAUGGGCCCGGCAGGUGCCAAAUUUCUUGGACCUGUAAUUCUUGAAGUUCCGCACUUUGCUUCGCUCAGAGGACGUGAAAGAGAAAUUGUAAUUCUUCGCUCAGAUGAUGGGAAAUUUUGGAAGGAACACCAAUUAGAAGCGACUGAAGAUGCUGAAGUUUUAAAUGAAUCUUUCGAUGCUCAAGAGUUACAACAAUUGGAUGAAUUACACACUUCAAGAAUUACUAGAAUUUUGACUAAUGAUUUUCCAAUGUAUUUUGCUGUUGUUACUCGUGUUAGACAGGAAGUACAUUGUGUUGGUCCAGAAGGAGGAGUAAUUCUCUCGUCUGUUGUUUCGAAUGUUCAAGCAAUAUUUCCUGAUGGUUCUUUGACUAAAACAAUUAAAGUAUCUCUACAAGCACAACCAGUCCCACAAGAAUUAGUUACCAAACUUCAUGGAAAUAGAGUUGCUGUCUCUCCAAUUGUUACGGUUGAACCGAGAAGGCGAAAAUUCCAUAAACCAAUAACCCUUUGUAUUCCCUUACCUCAAUCAACAAACAAAGGAAUGUUAACACAAUAUCAACAAGAAAAACCUGGAAAGGACCAAAAAGAUUCACAACAACCACAACAUGAACCUCCAACACUUCGUCUUUUAUGUAGCAUUACUGGAGGUGUAAUGCCUGCCCAAUGGGAGGAUAUUACUGGAACGACACAAUUAACCUUCUCUGGAGAUGAGAUAUCCUUCACAACAACAGUUUCUGCACGUUUCUGGUUAAUGGAUUGUCAGACCCCGAGAGAUGCUGCAAAAAUGGCCCAAGAAAUUUACAACGAAGCAAUAGCAAUUCCAUUUAUGGCACGUUUUGCUGUAUUUGGCCGUCGCUCAUUCCCAACAGAAGGACAACUUAGAAUGUUUUGUAUGACAGAUGAUAAAGAAGAAAAAACAUUAGAAAAACAAGAAGGAUUUCAAAGAAUUGCUGUUUCGAGAGACGUUGAAGUUUUGGAGGGAAAACAUCAAUGGCUAGAGUUUGCUGGAAAUUUAGUUCCAGUUACUAAAAGAGGAGAUCAAUUAUCUAUUUUCUUUCAACCUUUUCAAGAGAAUAGAUUGGCUUUUAAUAUUAAGGUUCGACAACAAGACGAUCAAGAAGCUGCUUCUUCCGGCAAAGUUGCAAUAAUGAAAGAACCUCUUAAUAGAGCAGAUAUUUUACCUCCCCAACAUCCAAUUUGCAUGCUAUCGAUUACUUUGCCAGACUAUACAGGUCCAUUACCUUCGUUAGUUUUGUCUGAACAAAAAGGAGGAGGGGGAGGAGGUGAAGAUGACCAAUUCAAGAAACAGGCGCCUCUUACCCAACGUUAUUCUGAUGCUUUAUCUACAAAUGUAGCAGAGACUUAUCCAAACAUUCCAAUCGAAUUUGUUUCAAAAACUAUUGGGGCAGAUUGGGCAAGAUUGGGAAGAGUUCUUGGAAUCCAUCCAGAUGAUAUUAGACAAAUUCGUAGAGAAGUCCCUUCUGGAGGAGGGCAGGAAGCUCUUCAUAUGUUAAAAAUUUGGGUGUUUUUGAAAGGAACUUCUGCUAAUGAAUCAGAUCUUCGCCAAGCACUUCGUCAAAUUGGUCGUGAUGAUAUUUGUGUUCGAAUGACAGAUUCAGACAAUCAUUUAAUGGGAGCAGCUGAUUCAGACAUUAAUUUAUCUUCUGCUGCAAUUGGAACGCCUGUUAAUUUAAGACAAGACUUUUCAAGCAAAGGAAGUCUAGUAACCCCUAUACAACAGGCUAAUAAUAUAAUAGUUCCACAACAAUCAGCACCAAUUGAAGUAUCGGCUAUAGCUGCAGCAAUUACUCCAACUGCUGAAGUUGCAGCUGCACCUUUGUUUGCUGCCCAACCAGUUACUUUAACUGCUCCAGAACAACAAAUUGACGUUGAAACAGUGGUUACUCGAACUGAACGUCAUGUACAUCAUUCUGAGGACAUUAAUGAGCCUGUAGUUGAUGAACAUGUUACCACUCAAAUUUUCCGAGACGGCCAACAGAUGGAACAACUCGAAGAGCGAAAACUUGGCCAGCCAUUAAAUGAACAAGAACAGGCUCAAUGGGAAGAAAUGACUGGGGCGCAAGUUGAAGGAGAGCCAGAAAAUAACGAAGCAAUGGAUUAUCUUCAAAGAAGUCGAAAGGCAAUGGUUGUCGAUGGAGAUGAACAACAUUUAAUGGAAUAUGAUGAGGAAGGUCAUCCAGUUGGACAAACUACUGUUAAAACAACAACUUUAAUUACUACAGAACAUUUAAGAGAACCACCGCCAAUUAAUAUUGAAGAGGUUGAAGAAGAACCUCAGAAAGAAAUUGAAUCUUCUCCAAUAGAAGAAGAAUCUCCUUCCCCAAUAAUAGUGGAGGAAGAGGAUGAAAAUAAACAUUCUACGGGAAUUCAGUCUCAGCAUAGUAGUGAAGGUUCUUCUGUUAUUAUACACGAUGAUAAGCCACAAGAAGCAGAUGAUCCCUUCAAAAUUUAUGAAGAAGAAAUACAUUUUCAAGAAGAUAAUGAACCUCUUACUGAAGUAGAGAAAAGUUCAACAUUUGAAGAAAAAGAUGAAGAAAAAGAAGGAGGAGGAGGAGGAACAGAUUUAGGCAUAAGUACCUACGACAAUGUUCAUCGUGAAACAAGUAAUGGAUUUAAUGAGGAAGAUAUUCAAGAAGAAGAACAACAACAAAAAAGAGGUAGUAGUCAUGAUGAUGUAACUACAAAGUAG